AUGCACAAGAAUGAAGUAGACACAAAAGGACAAGUUUUAAAAGAGGACAAGUUAGUACGAAACCACUUAAUUUUAGUAAUAGACGUAAAUUUCUUAAUAUGGUGUGAAGGAUUAAAAAUAAAGUUUGAUAAGAACAAUAUUAAAAUAUUAAAACUGUCGGAAUUUUUUAAAUGUGUAUUUCAAUUUAUAAGAUUUUAUUGUCUUAUGAACAGUUCAGAAAGAAUAUGUAUAAUAGCUACCUGUUCAGAAAACUGUAAAAUAAUUUAUGAAAAUUAUAUAUCUUAUGCAAAAAACAAUUUAUCAGAAAAUGAUUAUUGUAAUAAUGCAUAUGAUAAUUUAAUAAAUUAUAUUAAUGAUAACGAAUGUGAUAAAAUGACUGAAAGUAAUUUAUCUGCUGCUUUAGCAGUGGCACUAUGUUAUAAUAACAGAAUUUGUAAUAUAUAUGAACAUAUUAAUACACGAAUAUUUUUACUAGAUAUAUCCAGAAGUCAUUUUUAUACAAAUCAGUACACACAAUUAAUGAACAUAGCCUAUAAUGCAAAAAGAAAUAAUAUUAUUAUUGAUGUUUUUUCUCUUAAUGAUAAAACACAAAUACUUGAACAAAUUUGUAAUAUUACGAAUGGUUUGUAUAUAGACAAUAAUAUUUUUUUAAAUGUUAACUGUAAUGAUAAUAUAGAAGAUAUAUUAACACAGACUAUUAUAUUUUGGUUUCUUCCUUCAAAUAAUUCAAGGAAAUAUUUCUCAAACACUUAUUUAAAUGAAGAUACGAAUAUUGCUGUUUGUUCUUGUCAUAACAAGCAAGUAGAUAUAGCAUAUAUUUGUUCAUGUUGUCUAGCUAUUUACUGUUCUGCAAAAGAUAUUAAAACGGAAAAGGACAGGACUUCCUGUUCCCUUUGUAAAACCAGAUUCACCAAAGCACUCUUAAGAAACAAAAUCGUCUCCGACUUGGACUUUACAGCUAUGUAA